AUGGACCGCCCACAGAUUUCAUCCGAGAAGCCUUCUGAGUGCUCUGAGAAGUCUUUGACUCGACCCGUCCACACGUCGCAGGAUGAGAUAAUCAGCUACCCGGAAGGAGGUAUCGCGGCCUGGACAGUCGCCCUAGGCUCGUGGUGCUGCAUGACGGCAGGACUGGGUCUGGUCAACUCCGUGGGUGUGCUGGAGGCCUAUGUUUCUACGAACCUCUUGAAAAACACCUCUACGGACUCUACGGGGUGGAUAUUCGGCAUUUAUGUCUUCGUUUCUUACUUUUGCGGCCUACAAGUCGGACCGAUAUUUGACGCCAGGGGCCCUAGGGAGCUCAUCAUGAUAGGGAGCGUCUUUCUCCUAGUCGGAACGUUUACUCUUGGUUUAUGUACAGAGUACUAUCAAUUCGUCCUCGCCUUCUCCAUCCUCAGCGGUAUUGGAAACUCCUUUCUCUUUACUCCUGCAAUGGGCGCCAUCUCCCACUGGUUCGAUAAACGCCGCGGCGAAGCAUCCGGCUUCGCAUUCACCGGCAGUGGAUUCGGCGGUGUCCUCUUCCCCCUCAUGAUGCAAUCCCUGCUCCCCAAAGUGGGCUGGGCCUGGGCAACACGCAUCGUAGGCUUCGUGCUCCUCGUCCUCUGUGUGAUCAGUGUUCUUCUCUGCCGAAGUCGCCUCCCACCCAAGAAAGGCGCCGCAACUUCCUGGCGCGAUAUGCUCCCCGACCCUCGUAUAUUCUGGGACGGCACCGGCGCGAUGGCCGUAACAACCGCCGGAGUGUUUCUCAUUGAAUGGGCGUAUUUCGUCCCCGUCACAUACGUUCCCAGCUACUAUCUUACGCGUCAGGGCCUUUCAAAUGCCGAGGCCGUCAGCGGUGCAGCAGCGUUCGCGUACCAGCUCCUCGCUAUCCUAAACGCAGUCUCCUGUUUCGGACGAUAUUUCAUCGGCUACAUAGCGGAUAAAAGCGGGCGUUAUAAUACCAUGAUCGUGUCUAAUCUCGUCUGCCUGGCUGCUGUGAUCGGGCUAUGGUUACCGGAUGCAUUAGCGGGGACAGCGCCUAGUAAGGCGCUGAUGAUCAUGUUCGUUAUUGUGUUUGGGUUCGCGAGUGGUUCGAAUAUCAGUCUGAUGCCUGUGUGCCUGGGGCAGCUGUGUGAGACUCAAGACUACGGGAGGUACUAUGCCAGUGCGUAUACGGUUGCUAGUAUAGGAUGUUUGACGGGCAUCCCAAUUGCGGGGAGCUUGAUCACGGCUACGGAGGGGGGUAGAAGGGGCUUUUGGAGUGUCAUCCUGUUCACUGGGCUGAGCUAUGUGGCGUCAUUUGCCUGCUUUCUUUGGGUACGCGUGCGGAUCAAGGGUUGGGAUGUGAAGACAAUUUGGUGA